UAAGUAUUUCUUACAGUGAUAUGAGACGUUCGAUAUCAUGAAGGGGGUGGGAGUUUGCGUGUGUGCAAAAUUUUUGGUGGGAGAAGAAGACACGCGCUCAAGGGUUGAUCACAGAACGUGAAUGACGAGACCGAGACGAUUCGAGUCAUUCUUCCGCGCUUCGCAUGAACGCAUGCAUCACACGGUCAACUAAAAGUUGUAUACCAGAAUAUAUAUAAUCUUCCAACGAUAUAAAUAUUAUAGUGGUUUCACAGCUUCCAUAACUGGACCAUCGUAUAUUUAUAUGUCUUUAGCAAAUUUUGUUCCAUCUAUCAUUGAUCCGUGAUUCACAAAAUUUUAAACAUAAAAAAGUUUUUCAAUUUCUAUUGCAGAAGAUUAGUUUAUCAACUAAACUUUGGGAAAACGAAAGAUUUAUUUAUCCGCAUUAAUUAUUAAUUUCACAAAAAAUUAAAUGACAAUAAAAAAUAAUAAUAUACAAAUAUUAAAUGGAAAAAAAAUUAUGACAUACAUAAUUCAAUAAAAUCAAGUUCUUACAAAUUUUACAAAACAAAACUCUAAAUAAAAUUCAAUUUUAAAGUUUGUGAAAAUUUAAGAAUAAAGUGUCGCCAUCUACUUUACUUCUUUUUACUGUCCCGCCAUCUGAAAAAAAAUAAUUAGAAUUAUCAGUAAAUUAUUAGUGUUAUAACUUGUAAACAAAUAAUCAAAAAUGUUGUUUAACUACAAUAAUAUUAAUAAUAUUAAAUUUUUAAAAACUGUGAAAAAAUUUUGAAGGGAGAGUUUAUGUGUGAAAAAAAUAAAAACAUAAAUUUAUUCAAAAGUGUAAACUAAAAAGUGAAAAUUAAAAAUUUGAUCAAAUCAUCGAGAUAAUAAUGAUAAAAAAUACAACAAUAAGUGUAAAAAUACAAGAAUUAAGGAGAAAAAUAUAAUAAUAAAUGUAAAAAUACGACAAUAAAGCAAAAAAAGAACAGAAAAAUACAACAAUCAAGUUAAAAAAUAUAACAAAAGGAAAAAAAUUUAACUUAAUUAAUUAAAAAAUACAAGAAUAAAAUUAAGAAAUUAAAAAAAUUUAAGUAAUAAUUUAAUAAUAAAGAACACAACAAAAAUGUAAUAAAUCAAUACAAAAAAAGAGUAAAAAUUACAACAACAAAACCAAGAAAUAACAAAAAUAAGUUAAAAAAUGCAACAUAACUAAAACAAAUUAAAAGAACAAAUUCACCAAUAAAGGAAUUAAAUAAUAAAGUUAACAAAAAUUAGCGGCAAAAGUUACAAGCAUUGGAAAAGAAAUACAAAAAUCUUAAUACAGCGAUAAAAUAUAACGGAAAGCAUAAAAAAACAUUAAAAAACAUUAAAAAAAAAAAGAGGAAAAAAAGAACGAAGAUGUACAAUAAACAGCGUCGUGCAGAAAGAUCGAAAGAUCUUUAAUUAUAGUGUUUAUUUACGUGACCGUAAAAAAAAGAAGAUCCAAAUGAAUAGCGCCGAGAAGAUGAUGACCACUGACGCGUGGUUAUUGAUGAAUUCCAAAACGGAGAUCACUAACUAUUGGGAAUCACUCAUCGAAAGUGAAAUGAACAAAUCAAUUACGAACUACAUGUCAAAUAGUGAGAAUAAUAAUAAUAAUGAUGAUGAGAAUUAUAUUUUAACGGGACCACGUCGCGAUACACUUUACGUUGUCAUACCAAUAACAAUUAUUUAUAUUUCAAUAUUCAUCACUGGUACAAUUGGAAAUAUUAGCACGUGUAUUGUGAUAGCGCGCAACAAGUCAAUGCACACAGCAACCAACUACUACCUCUUUAGUCUCGCUGUUUCCGACCUGUUGCUUCUUAUUUCCGGUUUACCCGCCGAAGUCUGGUUAAUAUGGUUCAAAUAUCCCUAUAUAUUUGGCGAAUGUUUUUGCAUUAUACGCGGAUUGGCCGCUGAAACAUCGACAAAUGCGACAGUGUUAACAAUAACUGCAUUCACAGUUGAACGUUAUGUUGCCAUAUGUCAUCCAUUUUUAUCGCAAACAAUGUCAAAAUUAUCGCGCGCUAUAAAAUUAAUAUUAUCAAUUUGGUUGAUUGCAUUGUCAUUUGCAAUUCCACAGGCAUUACAAUUUGGUUUAGUUGAGACACAUGGUCCUGAAUCAGUGAUGUGCAUGAUGAAAUUUGUGAUAAUACGCCAUUCAUUUGAAUUGUCGACAUUUUUAUUUUUUAUUAUACCAAUGACAUUGAUUACAAUUCUCUAUGCAUUGAUUGGCUUGAAAUUAAGAAAGUCCAAUGCUCUAAAACGAGUUCGAGGACGCAGUGAAAAUAGUCGAAUCACUGCUGGUUCAAGUCGUAAGGAUCGGCAAAGAAAUUGUGCUGGUCGUUCGUCGAGACGAGUUCUCAAAAUGUUGGUGGCGGUGGUUGUUGCAUUUUUCAUUUGUUGGGCGCCAUUUCACGUUCAGAGGUUAAUUGCAAUUUAUGGAACAAACUCGGAGGAUCAUGUGAGUUCUAAAGGACCGAUGGAGGAAUUUCUCUACCUUCUUUUCACUUAUCUGUCGGGUGUUCUCUACUACGUAUCAACAACCAUCAACCCAAUUCUGUACAACAUAAUGUCACACAAAUUUCGAGAAGCAUUUAUGGAAACAUUGGCGAAGGGUUGUAAAUUUCGACGUUUUGCUGUUCAAAGGGAGCAACGCUCUUAUUCAAGUUUAUCACGCUCACAACAAAAGACUCCUGGUACUUUUGGUUCAAAAAUUAUUGGUACAACAGGCACUGCGGGAGUUGUACAGGAAAGUACAGAAUACUCAGGAAAUUCAGUACGUGAAGAAAGUCUUCGAAGAAUUUCCUCAUUUUCGGGUCGUAGUGGAAAAGAAUCAUCAACCGGUGAACAAUUAUUGUCAUUAAAAAAACAAGCAAAGGAUACAAUUAAUUUGGAAAUUGGUACAAGUCAAUCGUGUCCAGCCGAUCAAACAUUAAAUUUAUUACACACUUCUGUAAACAGUGAAACGUGUAAAAAUCACGACAAUCAAAGAUGGCAAGAAAAUAUUAUGGUUCGCGAAAAAAUGCAAUUUACCAAAGAAGAACAUUUUCCCAUAAAAAUAAAAUCAUCUACAACAACUGUCAAAGUGUCGCCUCGUGAUUCAACGAAAAAAUGGUGGAAACUAUUGGAUUGGUUGCCGGGCUUUAAAUCAUUUCGUGUUCAACGACGAUUAGCUUAUGGACAAAAUGCAAUAGGAGACAAUAUUGUUCUCGAAAGUAAUCCACUUAAUGAAUUUUCCGUGAAUUUAAGAACAGUUAACGAAAACGAAAACAAUCUUCGACUAGUGUAAAAAUAAAGUCUACUUAUAAUUGCGCAUAAUUAUACAAUAAUUAUAAUUAAUUAUCAUAUAGAUAUAUAGUUCGAAUAGAAAACAAUAUUUUAGUAAUAAAAACUAAAAAAUAUUUUAGUCAAUAAUGCACAUCAUUGAAAUUGAGGUUGAUAAUUUUUUUUUUUUUUUCAUUGCUGGAAUAAAAUUAUUUUUAUAUUGACAAAUUUAUAUUUGAAGGAAACAUUUUAUUUUAUUUAUUAACAUUUUUAGCAUGAAAUUUGAAAAGAAUAGACUAAGAAUUAAUAAUAUAAUAAUAAUAAUUAUUAUUAUUAUUAUCAAGAAAAAGAACUUUGUUGAAUAAUUUUUGUAUCUAGUAAUUCGAUUAGGGGAAAAGUCGAUGGUAUCUCAAGCAAUGGACAAGGGUUCGAAUCCUCUUGUAUGUGGCAUAAAAAAUUAAAUUUUUGCACUGAAAUUUAAAAGUUUGUCAAUUUAAUCGUAAAAAAAUGUUUAUUUUUUGAUAAAAAAAGAAGAGAAAAUUCAUCAAUGCAAAUAUAUCGAAUAAUGAAAAUUUAUAAUCAUAUAAGUUAAUAUUUGAAGAAAUAUGAUUUUUUUUAAUAUUCAUAAUUUUUGAUUAACAGUUUAAUUAUACUCUUGACCCAAAGUCAAAAGUUACCGAGGCCGCCUGCUGACCAAAGCUACUCGAAUUUCUUUAGAUUAUUAAAUUUAAUUAAGUUAAUUAAACAUAUCCAUUUUAAUUAAAAUUAGUUUUGAAACGUAAUACGAUUUUUCCCGAUAUUUACAAAAUUUUACUAAAAUUUAACUAAAUCUGUGGAAAUAAUAAUUAUAAUAUUAUUAUAGUUUAAUAAUUAUCAUUAUUAUAAUCGAGAAUAAUUAAAAUUAUUAUCAUUAUAAUAAUUAAAUAAAAAGAAAUAAAAAAGUCCUUCAACGACAUUUAAACGAAAUAGAGUAGAAAUUUCCAAUUUUAAA